UGAUGACGUCACGCGAGCGGGCGGCGCACUGUGGAGGAAUGCGGGGCAACUUUUUCCGCUUUCUUCCCCGCUCGGCAAUCGACGACGCGCGAAGGUUUUCUCCGCGGGCCGGCGUCUCUCUCGACAAGUUGCUGCUCCGGGACAGCGGGACUUGAGUUCGGCGCGGCAUCCAUGGGCCGGGAUUUUUGACUCUCGGCUUCCGCUUGAAAGCCGGCCGAGGGAGAUGGCGCAGAUGGCGGCGGCGUUCCCCGCCGAGCCCUUUCCGCUGAUGGACGACGUCGGCGGCUCGCCGGCCCCCCAGCUGGUGAUGCUGGCCAACGUGGCGGCCGUGGCGGCGGCCGACGGCGCCGAGGCCGACGGCAAAGAGAUGGUGGAGCUGAAGACGGUGGCGUGCGGCUACUCGGACAGCGAGGACGAGGGCGUCAUCGGGUACGGCUACGAGAGCCGCGACGGCGACGCGCCGGUCUCCUCGCCGUCUCCCGUCGCCUGCGCCGCGCGAGAGCAAAACGGCGGAGGGGAGGCCGGCGGCCAAUUCCCGGGCUCCGGCGGCCCCCGCCCGCCGGCGACGGCGCCGGCGGAGGGCGGCAAGAAGAGGAAGAAGCCUUUCCACUGCAAGCCGUGUCGCUUCCAGGCUCACGGCGAGGACGAGUUUGUGGAGCACCUGCGCACGCACGCGCUCAGCAAGAUGGCGGUGGUCCACCGCGUGGAGGGCCGCAGCAAGGCCAAAGAGGCGCAGGCGGCCCCGGACGGCCCUGGCGAGGGCGGGGGCGAGGGCGAGGCGCUUUCGGGGGACGCCAAAGGCCUGAUCCGCUGCGAGCGCUGCGGCUACAACACCAACCGCUACGAUCACUACGUGGCGCACCUCAAGCACCACAGCAAGGAGGGCGACGACCACAGGGUCUUCAAGUGCACCCUGUGCGCCUACAGCACCGUCAGUCAGUACCAUUGGAGGAAGCACCUGCGCAAUCACUUUCCCAGCAAACUGCACACGUGCGCGCAGUGUUCCUAUUUUUCCGACCGCAAGAGCAACUACAUCCAGCACAUCCGCACGCACACGGGCGUGCGUCCCUUCCGCUGCCCGUACUGCGACUACUCCAGCUCCCAGAAGACGCAUCUGACCAGGCACAUGCGCACGCACUCGGGCGAGCGGCCGUUCAAGUGCGACAGCUGCAACUACCUGGCCGCCAACCAGCACGAGGUGACCCGCCACGCCCGGCAGGUCCACAACGGUCCCAAGCCGCUGGCGUGCCCCUACUGCGAGUACAAGACGGCCGACCGCAGCAACUUCAAGAAGCACGUGGAGCUGCACCUCAACCCCCGCCAGUUCCUCUGCCCGCUCUGCAAGUACGCCGCCUCCAAGAAGUGCAACCUGCAGUACCACAUCAAAUCGCGCCACUCGGGCUGCAGCGUCACCGUCGACGUCUCCAAGGUCAAGCUGAGGGUCAAAAGACCCGAGCGGCCCGCCCGAGCUCGGGCGGAGGAGGACGCGGGCGGCCGAGGGCCGGGCGGGGAGACGCUUCCCGCCGACAAGCCGCCCGGGCCCGUCGACCUGUCGCUCGGACGGGAUGGGGGGGAAGAGGAGAUUCGCCGCGGCGAGAACCCGGAGAAGGCCGCGCGGGAAACCAGGCAAAAGAAGAGCGGCGAGAACCCGGAGGACGCCGCGCCCGGCGCCGCCAAGGCCAAGAAAAGAGGCAAGAAGGCCACGGGCGCCGCGGGCGACGGGCCCGAGUCGGAAAGGCCCGCGACGGGCGGCCGGCGAGACGGCAAGCCGAGAAGGGCCUGCGGGAGGAAGUCGGACCGAGGGGAACUCCUCGCCGGGCGCGGGGCCGCGCCGGAAGGCCCUGGGAAGGACGGCGGGGAAAAGUCCCAAAAGAGGAAAGCGGCCCGAGCGCUGGACCUCUCGCGGCCGUCUGCCCCCAAGGCCCGCCGGGCCCAGACGGGCAAGGGCUCCCCGUCCACCGCCAAACGCUCGUUCCCGUCCGGCUCGCCCGCCAAGAGGAGCGGGAGAUCCGCCGGGAAGACCUCCGGGCGGCCGCGGCUUUCCCGAGCGCCCGGCCGGUCCGCCCCCGCGCAGGCCACGGAUGCGGACGCGAUGGACCCGCCGCCCGCGAUCGACUUGCCGCCUGCAAUGGAUGCGAUGGACCCGUCGCCCGCGAUGGAUGCGCCGCCCACUCCGGCGCAGCCCUCCUCCGCGCCGCCUCCCGAAGCCUCCGAGCCCGAGGAUGACGAAGGCGUCCACAGCAGCCACGAAGGAGGCGACGGCGACGUCAGCGACGGCGCCUCGGAGGGCAGCGACGACUCCGGACUCAACGGGAACGGCGCCGGCGCGGGCAAAGCGUCGGAGCGCCCGCCGACGCCCGCCGCUCCGACCGAGGUCAAAGGUCACACGUGCAUAUUCUGCGACCGCCAUUUCCCGGCGGAGCCCGAAUACCGCCGCCACCUCAAGCGCCAUCUGGUCAACGUGUACUACAUGAGCGCCGCGCCGGCGAGCGACUGAAAAGUCCACAGAGGCCUUUGGUCUCGGGGAGGCCUCAAAGCGGUCGGGCGGCAGGUGGCGCUACGCGAAUCACGGCUUUUCUUGAACUUCAGCUCACGCUGGUCUUGUGUUUUAUUGGGUGCAAUAUUCUUCUUUGUACAUGACGAAUGAGCCACGGUGAGGCGACGUGACUUGAUGGGGGUCGCUGCGGUUGUGAAAACGUCCACGAUGAAUUCACCGCCGCCGUGGCUGCGCUUUGCUUUCGGCCUUUUUUCCACGCGGCCGCUUACGAGGUCCCACUCGGCGGCUGAAAUAAAGUUUUCUUGAUGGGA